AACCAUUAGCCAUCACCAUUUUCCUCUGCAUUACUUCUCUCACUACCAUUUUAACCUUUCCUUUUUCAUCAAAAAUUCAUAACAUGGACGGCUCAGUAGCCAAAGGCACGUCCUGUAUCCAAGAUUCUCAAUCUUCUUCUGUUAUCGCGAACACCGAUGCCACUCUCGGGCGCCAUUUGGCACGUAGGCUAGUUGAAAUUGGCAUUCAAGAUGUUUUCUCAGUGCCUGGUGAUUUCAAUCUCACACUUCUUGAUCACCUCAUUGCUGAACCAAGGCUCAAGAAUAUUGGCUGUUGCAAUGAACUCAAUGCUGGAUAUGCUGCUGAUGGCUAUGCACGAGCUCGCGGAGUUGGUGCAUGUGUUGUCACGUUUACUGUUGGUGGGCUCAGUGUGCUUAAUGCAAUAGCUGGUGCUUACAGUGAAAACCUACCUGUUAUUUGCAUUGUGGGAGGUCCUAAUACAAAUGAUUAUGGAACUAAUAGAAUACUGCAUCAUACCAUUGGAUUGCCUGAUUUCAGCCAAGAAUUAAGAUGUUUUCAGACUGUUACAUGUUAUCAGGCCGUUGUAAACAACUUGGAUGAUGCACAUGAACAAAUUGAUAGAGCCAUUUCCACUGCUCUAAAAGAAAGCAAACCAGUAUACAUCAGUAUAAGUUGCAAUUUGCCAGCCAUUCCUCAUCCAACUUUCAGCAGGGAUCCCAUCCCAUUUUCUCUUUCACCUAGGCUAAGUAACAAGAGGGGAUUGGAAGCUGCAGUGGAUGCAGCAGUUACCUUUCUAAGCAAGGCAGUGAAACCAGUUAUGAUUGGAGGGCCAAAGCUAAGAGUAGCCAAAGCUUGUGAUGCUUUUGUUGAAUUGGCUGAUUCUUCUGGUUAUGCAAUGGCAGUGAUGCCUUCCGCAAAAGGGCUAGUCGCAGAACAACACCCUCACUUCAUUGGCACUUACUGGGGUGCAGUAGGCACAUCCUAUUGCGCAGAAAUUGUUGAAUCAGCUGAUGCUUACUUGUUUGCUGGUCCAAUCUUUAACGACUACAGCUCUGUUGGAUAUUCACUUCUGAUCAAGAAAGAGAAAUCGAUCAUCGUGCAGCCUGAUAGAGUUGUAAUUGGCAAUGGACCAGCUUUUGGUUGUGUCCUAAUGAAAGAUUUCCUAUCUGAACUAGCAAAGAAAAUAAAGAAAAAUGAAACUGCUUAUGAAAACUAUCGUCGGAUAUUUGUGCCUGAAGGAACACCUCUAAAAUCAGAGCCUAAUGAACCACUAAGAGUAAAUGUUCUGUUCCAGCAUAUACAGAAGAUGCUUUCAGAUGAAACAGCAGUGAUUGCUGAGACAGGGGAUUCUUGGUUCAAUUGCCAGAAGCUUAAGUUACCAGAAGGAUGUGGGUAUGAAUUCCAGAUGCAAUAUGGCUCCAUUGGUUGGUCUGUUGGUGCUACCUUGGGCUAUGCGCAAUCUGUACCUAAAAAACGUGUCAUAUCUUGCAUCGGUGAUGGAAGUUUUCAGGUUACUGCACAAGACGUGUCAACAAUGAUCCGUUGUGAGCAAAAGAGCAUAAUUUUCUUGAUUAAUAAUGGUGGUUACACAAUUGAGGUUGAAAUCCAUGACGGGCCAUACAAUGUGAUCAAGAACUGGAACUACACUGGCUUAGUGGAUGCUAUUCACAAUGGUGAAGGCAAUUGCUGGACCAUGAAGGUAAGGACUGAAGAGGAGCUCACAGAAGCAAUUGCAACUGCAACUGGAGAGAAGAAGGAUUGUUUAUGCUUCAUUGAAGUUAUUGUUCACAAGGAUGAUACUAGCAAAGAGCUGCUUGAAUGGGGUUCCAGGGUGUGUUCCGCCAACGGCCGUCCACCAAACCCUCAAUGAGUCAAGAGUCUGGUUUUAUCUUAUCUAGAAUGAUAACCGCGUUGUUGAGGCCAGCUUGCACGCACCCGAGCUAGCUCUUUCUUCAUUGCCUCAAAGAGAGUAUUAGAUCUCUUUCAAGUUUCGAGUGAUUAGAAAGCUGUUUACCAUUUAAUAAAAUGGAUUUUUGGAACUAUUAGCUCUAUUUGCUAUAGUUUCACUCGGUUUAUUAAA